GAGCGCGCUUCUCGCGCGGUCAAGUGCAUGAGGCUGUUAUUUCACGACUGAAGCUUAUUGAUUCGAUGAAGAUGGCGAUGUGUGCGGCGCUCCGAUGCGUUUCGGCAAACUUUUCGGCAGCAUUGCCCCUGCUCACGAGACCUGCACGUAUCUGGACGUGCCAAAAUUCGCUACGGCCAAACGUUUUAAGGACGCUUUCCACGAGCUCGCGGCUCUCGGGAGCUCUGAAGUUCACAGACAAACACGAAUGGGUGAGAGUGGAGGGGAGUGUGGGCACGGUUGGCAUCAGCAACUUUGCUCAGGAAGCGUUAGGUGAUGUGGUAUACUGUGGGCUUCCAGAAGUGGGAACAAAGCUUGAACAAAUGGAGGAGUUCGGUGCUUUAGAAAGCGUCAAAGCUGCUAGUGAGUUGUAUUCUCCACUGACUGGAGAAGUGACCGAAAUCAACACAAAUCUGACAGAUAACCCGGGACUAGUAAAUAAAGCCUGCUAUGAAGAUGGAUGGUUAAUUAAGAUGACCAUAGAGAAACCUGCAGAACUUGACCAACUCAUGGAUGAAGCUGCUUAUGAAAAAUUCAUAAAAUCCCUCGAUUCAUAAAGACCUUCGUUAUUUGUUAUUAUUGAUCGUUCAGACAGAGCCUUUAAGGAUUCCCUAAAAUUAGUACUAAUACAACUCUUUGAAAUCUAUUUAUUUAGAUUUUAUAAUUUUCUUUUCCACCAAAAUAAUCUUUUGUAAUGUGCUAGUUUAACACAAUCAUGUAUUUUGGAGUCAAAAGCCAAAUAUUUCGAGGUGCUUUACAUGGACUCAAACAAAGACAGGGCUGGUUCUGCUGAUUGUCUUAUAGUAUAUUUGUUAAUAUAAUGUGCGUGACAUUGACGUAACAUGACAUGGAAUAAAAUCAAAAGUGUAACUA